AUGGAUACCGAUCACAGGGCCAAAGGCCCGCGAGCGUGUACGACCUGCGCCAAGGCUAAGGCGAGGUGUAUCUCGGGCCCGGAUGGGAGUAACAAAUGCGAACGAUGCCACAGGCUCCGCAAGCCGUGCGGUUCGCAGACCCCUGCGCCGCCCAGGGCGAAGAAGGAACCAAAGCCUACCAAAGUCUCUGAGCUGGAGAAGAGGCUGGAUGAGUUGACGACGCAGUUGAGCGCGACGACGCAGCAGCCGCAUCAGGGCGGUGUUGGUGUUGGUGGCAGGAGGAGCAGCGAGGUCGCGACGACCGUCGCCAACGGGACCGUCGUCGGGAGCGCAAACUCGCCGCUUCCGCCUAGCGGUAGCAUCGCGCCGGCGUCGGCUAGGAUACCGAUCAACUGCGAUCACCUUUUCCCGCCAGAGGAGGUCAUCGUCGUCGGGGGCGAGGGGGGGUGGUCCGACACGUCGCCUGCGCCGAGUGCGUCUACGGCGGAUGAUCACCAUACGGUCGGGAGCAGCCAAACCGACAACGGCGGCGCCUCGGGGAUGGGGUCCGCGUCUACAGCACCGAACGAGUCACCCUGGCCGCUGAACAACGAGCAGAGCAAAGUUCUUCAAGUAUUUCUGGACGACAUGCAGCCGCUGUACCCCUUUGUCAUUGUACCCCCUCACAUGAGCCCUACGCAGCUGGCCGCCGAGAGGCCGUUCCUGUGGAAGGGCAUCAUGAUGACGGCGUGCCACUUAGACGCGACGAAGCAGGUUCUGCUAGGGGAAGAGCUGUUGCAGGACAUCGUGCAGGCGGCGUUCAUGAAGCCCAAGAAGAGCCUGGACGUGCUGCAGGGGCUGCAGCUCCUGAUUGCAUGGUAUCACUACAACAUCAACAGUUACCAGCUCACGAACCUGCUGUUCCUGGCGCGGUCGAUGUGCGUUAGUUUGGGUUUCAAGGAUAGCCCCAUGCAGCUGGCCGAGCGAGGCGGGAAGGGGACGGGGCUUUCUAUUAGUUUCCAGAAGCCUGAGAGUGAGGCGAGGAAGGUGCAGACGCCGGAGCAGAUUUCGGCGCAGUUGGAGCUGAUGAGGGCUUUUGCUGGGUGUUAUUACCUCAACACACUCGUCUUCACGACGAAUAAGCGGCCAGACGCCUUUAUGAACACGACGUACCUGGAGUCUUGCUGCCGACAGAUUGAGGAGGCGGCGGAGUACCCCAGCGACGCGCUCCUGGUACACCUCUUCAAGAUUCAGCAACUCGCGCAGACAAUUUCUCUCACGCUCGGGACGGAGAGCACGAGCUUCCAGUCGCUGCAGCUGCCCCUGACCAUGGUCGUCCAGAGUUUCCAGCAGCAGCUCGACAUCUUCAAGACGUCGCUGCCGGAGCAUCUCAAAGACAAUGUCGGCCUCCUCGCGCACAUCAGCAUAGCGCAAGUCCUCCUCUACGAAAUCGGCAUCCCCGAAGCCCGGGGCCCGGCCUCCUUCAUCUCCCUCACGGAACGCCUCGAGCUCCUCUGGGGCUGCUGCAGCGCCGCUAAACAGUUUCUCGAGAUCCGCUUCCCGCGCAACCACCUCAGCUUGCAGCCGCGCUUCACCUGCCUCAGCUCAUCGGAUUUCCUGUACGUCUUCAUCGUGUGCCUGAAGCUCAUGACGCUCGACCAGGUGCCCGGAUGGGACCUGCCGCUGGUGCAGAAGCACCUCGACCUCGGCGGGGUCGUCGAGAGCCAGGUGGCGCACUUGGAGGUUUUCGUGGCGCAUCGGAGCGGGAAGUUCAGGAGGGCGGCGGCGGACGCGGCUGCUGCGAGGGGGGAAGAAGAAGCGACAGGUCCAGCGACGGAUGUGCCGGGCCCGAAGGUGGUUGAUCCGUUCGUGAGGCUGACGGAGAUGCUGCGGUACUUCAAGGAUAUCGUCAAGGGCGAGCUGUGCGGUCUCAAGUCGCAGCCGGCGAUCCAGGAGCCGAUUCAGUUGCCCGCCAACUUGUCGGACGGGACGCAGGCCAUGAUUCGGGAUCUGGAUGCGUCGUUUUGGACGGGCGUGCUUGGAGAGGAUGCUGCUGGGACGUGGGAUGUCGGGAGUAUGUUCCCUUCCAUGGAUUGGACUGCCACUUAA